AUGUCCUUUACUGCGGAGGAGGCCGUCGCGGGCAACCGUAGGGCACUCGAGGCCCUUCGGAAGCUCGUGGCUUAUCCUUUCCUCUACGCCCACGAGUCCCGUCUGCUCGGCCUCAAGAAGCAUUUAUGUCGAGAAGCUGCCAAGCUUGCAUAUCAUAGAAUGUUAAACAUAUCUGAGGGUGACAAAGUACUUAAACUACACAUGGAGGACUGGGAGUCUGCUAGAUCUAUGGUGGGACCAAGCAUAAUAAGAGGGGUAACCAAAGAAAUUUCAACUGUUUCAUGGGAUGAUAUAGGAGGCUUGAAAGAUCUAAAGAAAGAGCUUCAGAAAGCUGUUGAGUGGCCCAUCAAGCAUGCUGCUGCAUUUUCUAGACUUGGGAUACCACCAGUCCGGGGGGUGCUUUUGCAUGGUCCGCCAGGGUGCUCGAAGACUACCCUUGCCAAGGCUGCAGCACAUGCUUCCCAAGCUUCUUUCUUUUCUUUGAGAACUGGCCCUGUUGGGAAUUCUAGUGGCAAUGCCACAGUUGGAGAAAGACUUUUGUCGACUUUAUUGACCGAAAUGGAUGGUUUAGAACUGGCUACGGGAAUUAUCAUAUUGGGUGCUACGAAUCGCCCAAAUGCAAUUGAUGCUGCUCUUCUGCGUCCAGGACGUUUUGAUAAGGUGCUGUAUGUCCCGCCGCCAGAUGUGCAUGGGCGAUACGUGAUACUACGCAUCCAUACACGGAAAAUGAAAUUGGGAGAGGAUGUAGAUCUUUGGGAGAUUGCGGGAGUGUACCGAGUUGUUCACUGGUACUGA